ACAAGAAAGCGCUAACAUAAUAAAAAUAUACAUGUGUAGCUCUUAUAUUAUAUUCCAAUUGAAAGAGCUUGACCAUGUUCGAUUCCACAUGCGUACUCAUAGGAACAUAAAGGAGCCAGAAAAUUCUAUUCUUAAUUUAACAGUGGCUACAGCAUUAACUCCAGUACCGCAACAGAAGAAACAACUUUACAGAUUUGAAAUAUUUUCUAAAUGCUUUGAUAGUCAAAUUAAUUGGCUUGAUCACAUUCAAAAACACAAUAAUCAGCCUACUGCUCCUGUCAAGAAACUCCAGAUAGUGUUGAGAAAGAAUUUGAUGAAGACAAUACGAAUGUGGAAAAAAAAUGGGAGACUUGGACAUGUUAGUUGCAAUCCAUAAUGGAACCGCAACAGAAACGACUUUUCAGAUGUGAAGUAUGUUCUAAAUCCUUUGAUAGUUGAAUCAAUUGCCUUGAUCACAUUGAAAAAGACCAUAAUCAACCUCAAAUUAAGAAAGAGAAACAGAAGAUUCUCGUCCGGUUACAACCAAUGUUAUGAAACCGGAACCAUCCAAGACUCAAGAAAGUAAUCUGCAAGCGGAGUCUCCUAUAGACGUAGUCUUUAAUUUGUGUUUAUUAUUUCCUAAUUGUGUAGCUUAGCUUAUGAUAUAGAAAAGUAUUCUUCUGCUCUGAUCACUAAUUCUUUUAACACUAGUUGAAAAUGUAUAUUAUAUCCCUGAAUUAAUCAAUGUCAUAGUUUUAAUGAAUUAUUGUACACGA